AUGAGUGACCUAUCUUCGACUGAUACUAGUUCGUAUAUACAGUAUUCCACUGACAACAGUAACCCUUCCGCAGCUCCUGUUGUGGGUUCUUCUCCAUCUCACAAUGGGGACGAAGGGUCGUUUAUUCCCUUCGCUGCUAACCAUGUUGUCCAACCUAUGACGACUCAACAACCUAUGGUGACUCAACAACCUACGAUUAGCCACAGAGUAUUGCUGUCUUUGUCGGAGGCUGCCAAGAUUAUUGGGACUAAAGGUUCCAAGAUUGCCAAGAUCAGAACGGAAAACAACGUCAAAAUCGGCAUCUCUGAAAAGAUAAUGGGUUGUUCGGACAGAAUUCUGUCCUGUGCAGGUACAGUUUUCAACGUUGCCAACGCCCUCGGCGACGUCGUGGAUGACUUGAACGAGCCCGACGAGUUCGACGAGCAGGGGAACGCUCUGCCCAACAACGACUACGCCAAGAAGUACCCGUUCCACUUCCUGAACCAUAUCUUGCCACCACCAUCCUCAGAUGAAAUCAAGGACCCAAAGGAGCUAGCCAACAUCGGCACUUUGCGGUUGAUCAUUAUAAAUUCACAUCUCUCCUCGAUCAUCGGUAAGGGCGGUGCCACUAUCAAGGGUCUCAUCGAGAAGCACGGUGUCAAGAUCGUCGCGUCAAAAGACUUCCUACCGGAUUCAAACGAGAGAGUGCUUGAAAUCCAGGGGUUCCCAUCCGCGAUCACCAACACUUUGAUCGAAAUCAGCGACAUUUUGAUCAACGACGUCGACCUGACUUUCAACACGGAAAAGAGAUACUUCCCACACUUGAAGAGACCCGCAGAAAACCCCGCGGGGGCAAACGCGGGCUCCUUCGACUACGAGAAUGCGAAUCAGUCGACACAAGCGGUCGUCUUGAUCCCAGAGAGUUACGUCGGUGUGAUGGUAGGCCGCCAAGGUAACAGGAUCGCCAACCUAAGAAAAUUCACAAGAACCAAAAUCAUUAUUGAAAAGAACGACUUCGCAGAAUCCGAUAUGCCCCACAGAGUCGUGGACGCCAACGGCGAACCCUGUAGGAAGUUCACCAUUAUGGGACACAUCCCAAAACAGGUCAAACUCGCCGAAUCCAUGCUUCUCAAAAAUUUGAGCACAGAAAUAGAGAGACGCAGCCUCAGAAACGCCGAGGCACAACACGAAACUCAGCAGAACAUGGAAAACUCGCCUGACUUCGAAAUGGACUCUGAUAACUGA